AUGCGUCAUUGCCGGGAUGAUUCCCAUCAUAUCUGGCAUGCAUCAUAUCUGGCUGAGGACGUGGAAAGCGGAGAGCGGAAUCGUUGGCUCAGUGGCAGCAAAAGUGGAACAUCGCGGAGUUGGUCCAAAUGGUACGACUUUUGCGAUUCGGAUCUACGCACGGCCAUGCAGCUAAUCCGGUACACCGACGGGUUCAACACGUUGAAAAUACACUGGCCGCUGAUACAGGGUCUCUGCGAGAAGGUCGCUUACGGCGGUCGCAUCGACAACGAUAAUGACUUCGAAAAACUGGAACAUUUGCUACGAGAGUUUUUCGAUGAAAAGAUCAUGACUAGUCGCUGGCAGCCGAUGUUUAUGAACGUUAGCUUUCCGAAUUCUAAUAACUUGGAGGACUACGUGAAAGUGCUUGAUCAACUGCCCGACACGGAAACUCCCAGCCUGUACGGAAUUCCUGUUUCAACCAAUGCUUCGAACUACGGCUAA